AUGGCUGUAGCUAUAAUGCCGCGAAGGCAAAUUUACGUCCGUCCAAGAAGUGAGCUGAUUACGGUGUUAAAUUGGCGACAGGUUUCUGACAUUCGAACCGAAAAAUGGCGCAGCGAGACUUGUUUGGAUGCGAAUUUUUUCGAGGAUGAAGAGCGCCCUGAAAACACUCGUUACGUUUGUGGAAGCUAUGAGUUAACUCGGGGGCAUCUUGAGGAAUCUGAAGACGAAAUGGCGAAAGCCAAAGAAAUAGACAUUCCCGACACCAAAAUGGCCUCAAAAAGGAGUGAAUUAACCAUCAAUCUACAGCCAGCCAGUGUUAAGGUUAAACCGAGGCUUGUCAAGGCUCAAUCGAUGGCAAAUCUGCCGAUAAACUCGAGCGGACUUGACAGAGGAUACACACGUUCUAACAACUCGGUACCUACAAAGUUGAAUCCUAAACGGAAGAGCUCUUUAGAUGUGUCUCUAGCAAAACUCCGACACGAGAUGGUGGGUACCUAUCUCUUAUCUUUUUCUUCUUCUUUUUUCUCCAUUGGUUGACCUCUUAGAAGUUCUACGAUAUUAUUUUUGUGUAACAUGAUAAAAAUGGUUUAUUCUGGCAAAAUCCUCCACAUAAGCGAGAGAGGCGCCUAAAAAAGAGACGGUUAAAAAGAAUGCCCAUGAUUGCUUUCAGUUGCUUGAUCCAGACCCUAUACUUUUUCUUUUUGUCUGCAGAGACAUUUUCUCGUGCACCUUAGAAUUCAAGUCCUUGUUUUCGCCAUGAUUUAAUUGCUAAGCAAUUGUCAUAAAAUUCUAUUGAAUUCUGGCUUUCUUCUAAAUCUUUGUCUCUGGGCCGUGUCCUGUAAGGGUAAAUUUCUUUCAAUUCGACUUUGUUUUCCCUUGCAAAGUGCUUUGAAUUAAGUUAUAUUUGCUUUAAACAGAAUCUAAUCAUCAUUCAGGCUUGUUUCCUCAAUAACUGGGUUGAUCUCCAAAUUAACGGCACCAAAAUGAUUUUGUGACACAAUUUAUGCCCUUUGUCAAAAAACAAAUUUGUCGGCUUCUUUUCAGUUGUAAAGAGGGUCACAAUUAGUAACAAUAACCCCUCAAUUUCAAUGGCUAAUUUGCGGUUCUGGUCUUUCAAGUGUACACUUAUUUCCUCAAAAGAAGCGAGGUGAACUUAAGGGUGGCCAUGCGGACGGUUUUCUUUUGAUCUCCCUUAAAACAAGCGUUAAAACACAGUUAUCAAAAGGUCCAUAGCGUUAUAGUCCUAAUGUUUGUUGAAAAAGAAAGCGGUUAGCUUUCGGUAGAUACUAGCAACGUCUAUUAUAGACCCCAUAAAACUUUGUAAAGUUUAUUUUCCUUGGGAGAAGCUCAAUGAUUUGAGCUAAGGAAUAUUUUGAAAGAGUUUUUCGUUGCCCUAAACAAAGUGUGCUCGACUUUCAGAUUUCUUAAGGAAGAUUUUUCAAAUUUUCACUUUUGUUCUGUGCUAGUCCAGUGUAAACAACCUUGUUGUUUGAUUCAGGUGUUCGAUAAUCUCGACCUAAUUCUGAAGCAAACAAAUGGCAUAUUUUGGAAAUUAAACGUACUGUUUGCCAGUCACGUCCAAAAACUACAUUAAGGCGUUUUGUCGACAAUCAAUCAAAUCCUGCUGUUUAUAUCUUUUCCUUAUUGGGUUUAUCGAUUUUUAAAAGGUCAUGUUUACGGAGCAUACCUGUGUUUAGUUUAAUAUAUUUCAAUUGCAAAAUACGGUAAGACUGCUCUGUUUAAUUGCCUUUCACUGCCAUAUUCGAGGGGUGUCUAAGUCUUCGCUUAAUCCUGAGACAAACAGAGGAUGAUUGGGCACAUAUUUUGAAAAUUAAAAGUGUUCUUAGAAAGGAACGUUUGAGGCUUACAUCACGAAUACUAUGCGAUCCGCUAUCCGUUUACAAACAAUAUUCUGUGAGUAUGUUUGAGGAUAACGUCACGAGAACUUAACGCAUGCUCAAAAACAAAAGUACUACAAGAGUGUGUCGAGGAUAACGUCACGGAAACUUGACGCAUGUGCACACACAUUGUGCCUCUGUUGUCGAUUUGACGCAUUUGACGACUCUUUGGCCAUGCUUACUGGAAAUAGUUUUGUCCUAUCCGCGUUAAUCUUAUGGUUUGAGCCCUCAAAGUAAUUUUACCAUUUCCUUUGUUUUGUCUUGUAGAAUUCGCUUAGAAGACAAGACAUGGAGUUGUUCGAACAACUUCUCAGUCUUAACAAUAGUAUCCAGGAUUUCAAGCUAUCCCAGUAUUCUUCGCCGACCGACAUGUCCGACUCCUCCUCAGACGAAUGUGAGACGGAGACAGUCAUGGAAAAACCGCUGAGAGUGAAGCGCUGGCACAGCCGUGGAAGCUUGGCUUCUGACGGAAGUGGUUAUCACAGUGCGUCAAGCCGCUCUUCAAUCGAAAGUAAUCCCUCACUAAACGGAAGUGACGUUGCAAGUUGCGACAGUGGUCAUGAGAGCGGUGCUGGACUGAAAUCGUGCCGAAGGAGAAAUAGAGGGAAAUUUAGGUCCGGGGACUCUUUAAGGCGAGUGUCAUUUGGAUCAGUGAGCCAACGACUAAGCGGAAGUGAGAUCUUCAGCAGCGGAAGCGAUGUCGUAUUUCCGGCACAAGCUGUAAGGCGGAACUCAGAAUACCGUGUGGCAGAAAUAAGACCGAUUAAGACUCUAAGCAAACGACAAAGCACAAUAUGGUGA